AUGAUGCGCUUGCUGAUUCUAGGUAUCGGCUUGUUUACACUGAGCCAAGCAGCAUCUACACCCGAUUCAGCUCAAAAGUGGGGAUACACGAAGACGAUGGACCAAGAGCUUGGACCUGAUGACUGGCACGUCGGGUAUCCCGAAUGUGGAGGGAAACACCAGUCUCCGAUCAAUUUUCCAAUGCGGGAAAUCUCUCACAUUGAACUGUGGGAUGCUGAAAAACCUCCACUCCAGUAUAGCGGUGCCUGCGAGAAAUUCACACUAACCAAACUCCAGGAUCUGUAUAAGUGGGAUGUUCAGGAAGAUGAAAACUGCACUGUCAAGUCCGUAAACUAUGACGAGCGAAUGUACUCUCUGCUUCAGUUCCACAUGCAUAUAGUGUCGGAACACACGAUCGAUGACUACCACUACGACGCCGAGCUCCACUUUGUUCACAAGGCAGUGGACGGCAGCGGCAAACUUCUCGUCAUGGGCGUGUUUCUACAUGCUGAAAACGACACGCAACCGAACGCGUUCAUCCAGAACCUUGUGGGCGGAAUGGAGAGCAGUAACUCGACGUUUGAUCUUGGCAAAAACGACACGAAGUAUGCGGACAUGCUCAACGGUAUCGUGAAGACAGCUCACCUGAUGAAUUAUAACGGAAGUUUGACCACACCUGGUUGCAGUGAAAUUGUCGACUGGUGGGUGCUUAUCAAACCGAUUUCAAUCUCGUUCGACAAUUUCCAGAAAAUGAAGACGCUGUACGGUGAGCUUCCAGCUACGAGCAACUCUACUGACAACCGCCCCACUCAACCUCUCAACGAUCGUGAAAUCAUCUACUACUUCCGUCGACCCCAUGCAGAAUAA